AUGUCUGAGAUCAGCAACAUGCUCAGUCCGCCUAUUUCAGCUGCGUCCCCCUCACCAUCCACCGCGUCUGGCGUAGCGCUACACGUAUCACCGAAUCUACCCAACCCACGCAAGCAGCCGCUUGCUCCUGGCUCAGCAAAAGAGAUCAAUUUGAUUCAUUACCUGGACGACCAACUCCUACGUGUCUUCAGAAGAUAUGAGAAGCGGCUGCCGGAGGAGCAGAGAACGGUCGUUGAACCCAACCCGCCGGAUGAUGCACCUGGCUACAAAAACAUGGAAGAGGUGGUAGCAGAUCUAGAUCCACUUGUAGACGUGGUCUGGAUCAGCCAUACACCUCCUCUACAAGUUGCCUAUCUACUCUCGAUCGCGGGAGAUAUUGGUUCUUAUAUGCCAGCCUUUCCCUUCACACCAUCGAUCUUCCCAGUCCUCAGCAAGAUUGACCAGGCCUUCGUUGCUCUCUUGAAACUUCCAAAUCCAGCCGCUGGAUCCGUGACUUCUAACCAUCCUCCGACGAAGACCGACAGAGUGCGCAUCAGAUCGCUCACAGAGGAGAUACGGGUGACUGCGGUGAAUACUGCAACGAAAAGCGGAAUCUCCGCCGACUUGGAUGAUUCAUCAGACGAAGAGACCGACGGACAGUUGUCAACGUUCGACGCGAACCAGCCUUACAACGAGACUGCCAUCGGCGCCGGCUUGGGCCGAAUUUUCAAAGGUACAAUAGAGAUCCUCGGCGAUUCACUAACUUGA